GACAAUGAAAAUAGUAGAGAACACUGUGCAUGGAUCACCAAUGAUGGACAGUGGAAUGAUGUUUUUUGUGAUUUCUACCGUACAGCAGUCUGCAUGGAUGUCAGAGGGUCAAAUGUCACAUUUGUCUUCAUCAACAAAACAAUGACAUGGACUGAAGCUCAGAGCUACUGCAGAGCAAACCACACAGACCUGGCCAGUGUGAGAAACAUGGAGGAAAACCAGAAGGUAACAGAGCUGCUACCUUCAGGACAAGAUGUCUGGAUCGGCCUUUUCAGAGACUCCUGGAAGUGGUCGGAUGGAAGUAACUCCUCAUUUAGGUACUGGAAUGAGGUUGAACCUAAUGGGAACAAGGAGAACUGUGUGGCAGCAUACUUCGGCUAUCAUGGAAAAUGGGAGGACUGGCCCUGUGAUCACAGGACAGGAUUUAUCUGCUACAGUCGUAAGUCAUGACUCAGCCAGCCUUUAGAUGUAGGUUUAGGUUUCCUUUACCUGCAGAUACAGUGGAAAGUUUUGGGUCAAUAAAAUUCUGUGUGUCAUGACAAAUGAUGGAAAGUUUGUGUCCAUAUACAUGAAAAAAUACAUUAACUUUCCUGACUGUUUCACAAACUGCUGUGAGACUGGGUUGUAAAAUAAGUUUCAUCAUCCAUACUAUUGAUAAUAUCCAUGAACUUGUUUGGAAAGUUAAUACGCAGUAGGGUUCAGCAGCAGAUGAUGGGUUGAUGAUGAAGCACCUUUACUUAGCAUAUACAGAAUGUGACCAGCUCUUAUCAUGGCUGCCACUUAGAUACUUCCUGGUCAUUUCACUAAGUUAGGCACCUCCCUACGCAACGCUA